GGCGAGGCUUUCAGGUUUGCUACGCGAUGGCCGCUCUCUCCAAAAUAUUGGGCUUUUAGAGACCAAAACAACGCCCAGGUGCUUCGUAGGGACUCGUCUUUGUAUCGACUAACAUCCGGAAUGUUAGCGGCAUCGUUUGCGCUCGUCAGUCUUGCUUGAGGGCGUCAUCGGAGCUGUCCCGUUUGUGUUUGGGGGACUGUGUUUUUCUUGUUGCCCGGGCCUGGCCGCUGCUGCCUACACUGGAGCGGCGGGUUGCUACACUCGGAUGAGCGGGCUGUAGGACUCUUGGAGGUGGGGGGCUAGAUUUUUGUCGUAAAAGGGGGCCGGUAAAGCCCUGGAAAUGCUUCCGCAACACCACCCCUGCUGAUAAUGUGCGCUCGGCUGAAGAAGUGUGAUGAUAAAUAACGAGUUUGACUCUCAACUUGAUUCUUAUGCUAGUUAGCACUAGCCAACGGUCGCGAAAACUUCCUAGCAUUAGCAUAAAAAAGCAUAACUAAUUUACUGUCGUUGUGCAGCGCUCUGGUCGCCGUUAAUGCGAUAUUUGCCACCCGGUCGUGAACCCGACUCGACUUUUGCCCAGUUUGAAACCCGCCUCGGCGUUAGUGCUCGGCUUCUUUGCAUUUUGUCGCUGCGUGUUAGCCCAUGCUAGCAGCGGGCUGCUAACUAAAUUAGUACUCUGUGACGUAACGCGCUCAUUGUUUUGACAGCAUCUUGAAAACGUCAAGCAAUUGCUUUUCUUUUAUCCUUUGCCAUGCUGUUUACGAUAUGCAAGUAGUUCUCUGAAGGCUAAGGCGUCCUCGCCAUCACUCGCACUUGAGUUGUUUUUUUUAUUUUCCGUGCUGUGUUUUGCAGUAGUUACGGCCGGUAGCAUGUUAUUAGCUGCGGCUGCGCGUCAGAUGAGUCGUGGCCGCUUCGGCUACUGGCCAUGCUUUCCUUAUAUUGCAUCGUUAAAUACUGUGACGUCUGACGUCUUUUUGUCUGACACUUUAGCUCUAGGAUGGAUCCAGACGGCGGGGCAGACGCACAAAAAGCUGUCAGUUUGCAGUGGAAGAGCUACAAACUCGUCCAGGACCCAGCUAUCAGACGGGUCGCUCAGAAGAUCUACAGAUAUGAUGGAGUGCAUUUCAGUGUACCCGACUCUGGAUUUCCCCCUGUUGGUGAUCUACGGGAUCCGAGACCCAGGAGGCUAUGGUCGAGGUAUACAGAAAUGGUCCUGCCGGUGCCAAAGUUUAAGCUCGACGAGUUCUACGUGGGCCCCAUCCCCCUCAAAGAGGUGACCUUCGCUCGGCUCAACGACAACAUCAAGGAGCCCUUCUUGGCCGAGAUGUGCGCCAAGUUCGGGGAAGUGGAGGAGAUGGAGAUCCUGUUCCACCCCAAGACCAGGAAGCACUUAGGCCUGGCCAGGGUGUUGUUCACCAGCACUCGGGGGGCCAAGGACACGGUCAAGCAGCUGCACAACACCUCGGUCAUGGGCAACAUCAUCCACGCUCAGCUGGAUAUAAAAGGCCAGCAGAGGCAGAAAUAUUACGACCUGAUUGUCAACGGCUCCUACACGCCCCAGACGGUCCCUCUAGGAGGCAAGGCCUUAGUAGACUGUCUCACACCCCAGACCCCAACACAGCAACAAACUGACACGUCGUCAGACAUCAGGCGGAGGCUCUCCAGCGAGCUGGCCGUGUUGGCGGCGGGUGUCCAAGCCCUCACCUCGGGGAAUGUCACCCCUUGCUCCGCGGAUACCGGCUUUGGCGAACAGCGUCUGGACACGCCCCCUUCCUCCAUGACUGGCGCCUACACCUCUGGUUCCUCUGCGUCCUCCCAAGGUGGAACUCCCUACAGCUCCCGGUCUGGCACGCCAUUCUCUCAAGAAUCGGGCUAUUCCGGUGCCAGGCACACUGGCUACAACACUGGCACUUUGGGAAGCGGUUACCCCCCUCAGGAUAUGCUUCCUUCCUCCUCCUCAUCCUCCGCCGUCUCCUCCACCGUGGGGGGGUACAAAGUGUCCCGCUACUCCGAGGAUGUUCACGAGCCCCCGGUGUACCACAGAGGUCGCCCCAUGUAUCCCCCUGCCGCCUCGUUCCGUCCCAACGAGCCGCCGUGCUAUCCGCCGUACCCAAAUGCGGGAGGACCCGGCCCUCACAUGGCGCACCACUCCACAAUGCACCUGCCCCCGCUGGCCUCCCAGUAUGAUCAGCCCCUUGUGUCCGAGCGAGACAGGGAGCGGGAUAGAGACUCUGGAGGCCGCUACGGGGCGGGGGCCGUUGUCUCCAGAAGGUCAUCUUACCAUCACCAGCAGGACACCAACUCCUCCUCCAAGUACCAUUCCCACCACUCCCACCACCACUCUGACCGCCGGGACGACCGGGGGUAUCGGCGGGACAGCACGGGGUCACGCUCGAGCGACCACGGUCACCAGCGGCAUCGCAACCACCACCAUUCUCACAACCACCACAGCAGCCGCAGGAAGAGCAGCCACGACCGGGACAGGGAUCGGGAUCGGGACCGAGAACGAGACCGGGAAAGAGACGGCGACUACUCCAACAGCUCCGACCCCCGAUACAAUUCCAAUUCGUAUCGCUCCUCUUCUAACAGCAUGUCUCCUCCACCCUCAUCCUACUCGGCGUAUUCCGCCUCCAAAGAGCCCGCCCCGGGCCCUCCUCAGGGAUUGGACGUAUCCGCUCGUUUAGGGGCCCCAAGUCUCGCAGAGAGGGGCCCUCCGCCUUCAGCGGGUGCAGAGAAGGACUACCACUCUGGUCACCACGGCGCUCUGCCGCCGCCGCCUCCCCCACCGCCACCACCUCCCCUGCCGCCAGCCUCCGUCAUUGCUGCCGCCGUGGCCGAGACGCUUGGAACGCUGGAUUUCAGCCAGGACAGCCCCGCCCGUGAAGAGCAGUGGUCUAAGCCCAAACGCCGUCCCAGCACCCCACCUGUGCCACCGAAAACCCCCCCGCCAUUGUCCCCACCGCCCUCCAUUGCUUCAUCUACGUCCCCUUCCGCCUCCUCCCUCCCCCAGCACCCUUCGGCCACCGCCAGCCCCUCAUCAGCCCCCCAGCGUGGCUCUGCCUCCCCAGAGCCAGAUUCCACCAAUGAGAGCUUGCCGUUUGCUUACCACAGCAGCAGCCUGGACUCCCGCAUAGAGAUGCUCCUCAAGGAACAGAAGGCCAAGUUCUCCUUCCUCGCAUCCGAUGAGGAAGAUGAGGAUGAGCGGAAAGAGGACAAGCAGAGGGGCACACGGGCAGGCGGUGGGGAUAAUAAAGGGCGGGUGGGUGAUGGACGAGGGGAGCACGAAAGUGUCAAUCAGGCCGGAGACAGCGGGGACAAGGGGAAAGGGGAGCGCGACCUCAGGAAAAGAGGGAAGGGCAAAGAGGGUCGGAAGAGUCCCGUCGAACCACCGUCCUCAACUGCAUCGUCUUCCACAUACUCCCCCCACGUCCCGCCUCCAGAGGAGCCCCCUCCCCAGGUUGGCCCCACCGUGGCCGAAGCCGUGCAGCAGGAGACGUCCCAGGAUGGGAAUGCUGACGCACGGAGCAGGACGGGAGCGCGCACGCCACCCUUCAAUGGCCAGAGUCAGUCGCCCCCGCAUUCCUCGGGGGAGGACAUGGAGAUCUCCGACGAGGAGGAGGGGGAGUUGACCAUCACAACGGUGACCACCCACCAGCCCUCAAUGACCUCCUGUUCCUCGCCAUCGUCAUCCCAAGCAGCCAUGCCCUCGCAGACGACGGACACCUCGUCUUCUCCCCCGCCCAUCUCUGACUCGGCACAGCACUUUGGCACCUCCAUGCACCCGCCCAUCCCCUCCUACCCCCCUCACCUGCCUCCGCCGCCUCCCCCGGGCUACUCGCUGCAGCCGCCCCCGCCUCCCGGGAUCCCCCCGCCUCACAUGGAGCUGCACCCCGAGUACCCGCCACCCCUGCCCCCCCACAUGUAUGACUAUGCCAGCUCCAUGGAGCUGAUGAACCAGUACACGGGCGGCGCCCCCAUGUCCUUCCAGAUGCAGACGCACAUGCUCAGUCGUCUGCACCAGUUGCGCAUGUCGUCGUCCAACGGCACGCCGGGCCCGGGCGAGGCAGCCACAGGAGACUACUCCUCCUACCAUCUGCACUCCGUGCCGCCACCGCCCCACCCCUACAUGGACCAAGAAGGGAGCGGGGCGGGCGCCGGUCAUUACGAGCAAGAUCACCGCUACAUGCCCCCACACAUGCCCUACCCUUACACCGACCCACACGGCACGCAAAUACCGCCGCCCCACCUACCGCCUCCCCACACUGCGUGGCCGCCGCACCCUUUAGCCACCCACUACCCCUCCUACAUGCCUCCGGCCGCCUAUGGCACCAUGCCGCCCGGCGAGGGGGGCGAGUACCAGACCCCCGGGGAGGAGAUGCCCUUGCUUGCUGACAACCCUCAUGAAGCCACCGUGCAGAUGGUGCUCGCCACUCUCAUCCAGGAGAUGAAGAACAUCAUGCAGAGGGACCUCAACCGCAAGAUGGUGGAGAACAUCGCCUUUGCCACCUUUGACGAGUGGUGGGACAGGAAGGAGACGAAAGCCAAGCCAUUCCAGACGAUGUCAGCCUUACGUGAUGAUGAGAAGAAGGAGGAGAAGGUGAGCCGUCCUCGUGAGCCUCUCACGUCUCUUGUGGACUGGGCAAAAAGCGGAGGCGUGGAGGGAUUCUCUCUGCGUGGAGCGCUAAGACUGCCCUCCUUCAAGGUGAAGAGGAAAGAACCUCAGGAGCUCACGGAGGGAGACAUGAAGAGGCCGCGCCCCUCCACGCCACCUGACGAGGACGAUGAAGCUGCCGAUGGGAGAACGCCAGAGGCCGGCAGACACGGAGCUGGAAGAGACAACAAGAGGAGGAAAAAGAAGCCCAGAAAUCGCAAACCCUGGGAGCUGGACAGCGAGGGAGAAGAAACAUCGGAUGGCUCUUCCUCGGAAAAGGAGGAUGAGGAAGUGGAGGCGAGUGAGAAGGAGUCUGAUGAUGAUGCUCUCAGCGCAGAUAGCGAUGACGAGAGCCUUUCGUCAUCGUCCGACGGCUCGUCGUCCUCCGGAUCCUCCUCCUCAUCUUCCUCUGAGGAUGAAGAGGAAGGCGAGAGGCCCGACAGCGACGGACCAGACACCAUGGACGAGUCCACCAUGGACAGCACCACAGAAAAAGACGGCCUCAGAGGGAAGAUCUUUCCAAAGGCUGCAGUCAAAACUGGUGACGCCAAAGACGGCAAGGCGGAUGGAAGAGCACUCUCCAAACGACCGCCAUCGCCGCCAUACCCCCGUCCUUCGUCCCCCGUGGUCCUCGUGCCCCCGCUCAAAAAACGCAGGAAGACCGUCUCGUUCUCCACGGAGGAGAACAGCAAAGCAGCGUCAUCAACGCUGUCUUCACCUCCCUCCCAAGCGGCGGGUGAAUCUCCCCUUCUCCUCUCGCCCAGCAGACCCUCAGACCCCCGUGCCGCCGCCGCCGCAUCCUCCGCACGUCCCUCUCAUGGCAUCCAGCUGCUUCCCUUCGCCUCCAAACCAGGCGAAGGCAACGCCCUCAUUGUGCCGCCGUGUGGAAGAACUCCAGAUUCCCAUGAGUCCAAAAGGACCCCUCUGUCCCCCCAGGCUGCCCCCACCAAAGUGCCCGGCAAACGGGGCUCAGGCAAAGACUCGCCCAAAUCCUCCACCUCUCCCAUCAUGGUGUGCCGCACGGUGCAGAACCUCCCCUUGGACCACGCCUCCAUGUGCAGGAUGGCCUUCGAGGAGGCUCCCCCUCCGUCUCCCAUCAGCAAACGGGGCAAGGGAAAGACCCGCCCCACCGGUUUUUCUAUGUCCACCUGUCACCCCCUCAAAGAGGAAGACGAGGAUGAGGAGGACAAUCAGAGGCUGAGGCUGCGGGAACAACUGGGGGCGUCCAGCCUCUUGCAGCUGGCCUCCGCCUCAACCGCCGACCUCUCCGUGCUGGCCGACGUCGCUCUGACAAUGGACCCCGAGGCCGGGGACUCCGAGGAGACCGAGACAUCGGACGAGGCAGAGGAGCAGAAGAUGGGGGGAGGUCUCUUCUCGGGGGAGGCGCUGUUGCGUGUCAUGAGUUUGGAGAGCGUGGUUGUGUUCAUGGAGCACAGCUAUUCCAAGCCGCCCCUUCUCACGGGGCCACCUGCCCCCAAAAAGACCUCCUCCAAGCAGGACUCGUCAGUUCUCCUCCCAGCAGACCUCAACACCAUCUCUGGGGUGCUGGAGGCACCGGAGGAGGUCAUUGGCGAGGCGCUGCCACCCAGAGGGGACUCUGGGGAAUAUUUGGGAUUGCUGUGCCCGGCUGAGUCGAGCCCGGCCUCAGUUUCUCCAGCCAAGAAGUUGAUGGCGAGUAAAGCACUGGAACUUGAGAAGAGCAAAAAGAAGAGAAGUAAAGACAAGGACAAAGAGAACUUGGAAUUUCUUCCCGCAAAACAAGCGAAGGAACAGCCCAGCAAGAAACAGAAGAAGCGGAAACUCGAGGACUCGGACCCGGAGGAAGACGUGGACGUGGAGGAGCUGGAGUCGGGCGAGCUGUCGAGCACAGACUCUGAGGACGAGGUCCUGGAGGAGGUGAGGAAGAGCGAACGUCUCUUCCUGCAGGAGGCCGGCGUGAUGUCGUCCAAACCCGCUCCAUCUCCCGAGCCGCCGCCGGCUGUGAAGUACGAGAACCGCAGCGAGUUUGAGCAGAUGACCAUCCUCUACGACAUCUGGAACUCGGGCCUGGAUGGCGAGGACUUAAUGCUGCUGAAGAAGACGUAUGAGAAGCUGCUGCAAGACAACCACUCCUCCGACUGGCUCAAUGACACCCACUGGGUCCAGCACACUGUGACCAAUUUGCCAAACCCUCGACGUAAGAAGAGGAGCACGGAUGGGCAGCUUCGGGAGCACGUGACCGGCUCUGCCAGGAGCGAGGGCUACUACGCCAUCAGCCGCAAGGAGAAGGACGUCUACCUUGACCUGGAUCUUCCCGAGCAGGUCAUAAGGGAAGUGGAGAAUGUCGACAGCUCGGGCACCAACCGUGCGCUUUCUGAGAGGCGCUCUGAGCAGCGACGCCUCCUGACUGUCAUCGGCACGCCGGCCGUCAUGGACUCUGACCUCCUCAAGCUCAACCAGCUCAAGUUCCGUAAGAAGAAGCUCCGAUUCGGACGCAGCAGGAUCCACGAGUGGGGCCUCUUCGCCAUGGAGGCCAUCGCCGCCGACGAGAUGGUCAUCGAGUAUGUAGGUCAGAACAUAAGACAGAUGGUAGCGGACAAUCGUGAGAAGCGGUACGCUCAGCAGGGCAUCGGGAGCAGCUACUUGUUCCGAGUGGACCACGACACCAUCAUAGACGCCACCAAGUGCGGCAACUUGGCCCGCUUCAUCAACCACUGCUGCACUCCAAACUGCUACGCCAAGGUGAUCACCAUCGAGUCCCAGAAGAAGAUCGUCAUCUACUCCAAGCAGCCCAUCGCCGUCAACGAGGAGAUCACCUACGACUACAAGUUCCCCCUGGAGGAGAACAAGAUCCCCUGCCUGUGCGGCACCGAGAACUGCCGCGGCACGCUCAACUAACCGGCCGGUGCUCUUUGCUCAGCGGCCUCUCUAAGGGGGGGGGGGGGGCGCCGUGGAGAGAGCCUCUCAGCUCCGUAAAGGUCCACACAAAAACACAAAUGACGCACACAGAUCAAUUCAGGGUUUUUAAAGUUAAAAUGGAAAAAAAAAAAAAAAAAGCGCUUGUGUCGGAGCGCACUUUUAAGCUAACAGUUUGGUCUUUGCGUUAUUUUCAUUUGCUCCUCGUUUGCUCUCUUAUGGCUUUGCUUGUUUUUAUUCUCACCUCACACCUUCUGCUUUUGUCUCACGUUUGUGCUCGUCUUUGUGUUGGUGGCAAAGUGUCUGCUUUUCUCUACGUGUCGUCCUCAAAAAUACGAGCACGUCUCCAUAAAUGAGAAUUUGGUGCAAAAGUCAAUUUGAUUUCUGGACUUGGCGUUCAGACUAGAGAUCAAAGUUAGGCAAACUGAAUUUGGCCUUUUAUAUUAGCGAUAAGUAUCAAAAUUAUUAAGAAAUGUGUUCUGGCAAUGUUUGGGUGUGUGUAGUGAAUGUAUAGAAUAUAAAAGUAAUUAUUUUUAUUCAACCACUAAAACCAACCAUAUUCUCAUUUACUGAGCUGUACCUGUAUACGUUUGAUUUGUACACUUUUUUUUUUCUACCAAACUCCUGCGGGUCGUCGUCAGUGUUUGCACAAAUGUUUUUAAUUAAGAGGCACAUCUCUUUCUUCUAUCAUCUCCUUUCAUCUCCUUUCAAAAAGGCUCUUUAGAGGUUAUUCCCCCCACCAACCCCUCGUAGAGAAAUAGUUUAUUUAGAGCGUCGGCGAAGGCAAACUCGUCCAAAGUUUUAUCUCUUCAGUAGCAACAAGACAUCUGCUUUUGUCUGCCCAACAGGAAAAAUGUCUUUUCUUGUUUGCGACAAAAAAAAAAUCCUGUCUCACGACAAAACCCCAGCGUCUUUUUUUGUCUCUUACAGGAUGAAGCGAUGAAAAAAAGUGAUGUAAAUAAUGUCAGAAAGUGUUUGUUUCUCGUAGAAACACACUCGAUUCCAAGCUGUAAAUACCUUCCUUUCCCUCUCUCCGCGAGGACACUUGUACAUAUCUUCCAUCCUUUUUUUUUAUUCUUCCUCCUUUUAAUUUGACGAUUAUUUUAAUAUUAUUUCUCUUGUAUUAAUACGUUGGAUCCUUUAUUAAUGGUGCAUUAAAAUAUUUUUUAAAUAAAGUCAAAGCUUGUGAUGGUUUUCUGCGCGAGGAGUCGACAGGAAGUGGCUUGCGUUGCAUUUCCUGCUGACAUCACGUCAUGCACCUGCAAGCACUCGAACGCCGGACGUCAAAGGAAGUUCUGGAAUCUGAAGCAACAGGUGACGGAUGAUGAUGAUGAUGAUGAUGCCAUUGUUACGUUGCAUUAAUGUCUAAAUGGGGACAUUUUGUUUUUGUUUCCAGAGUCUGAACUCGGCACGGGCGUCUGUUUGUUUGCCAGGCUGUGUUGCGCCACGACUGAUGAACUUUGACCUGCUUUGGAGCGGCGCGGCUCCAAUCACGGCGUGCAAUGACCUCGAACGGCAGUCCAAAGCACGGCAGUGAGAACACGAAGAAAGAGUUGUCAUGUCAAGUAAGUCAUUUUCGCUGAAACCUGAAUCAAGGUGACAUUUAGUCAGCAAUAAAGUUGUGAAUGAGUAGUGAAUAUGUGUACUCUGUGUAUUUUCACUAACAUUGCGUGUACUGUUUGUAUUUUCAUUAACAGGUGUGUUGCACAACAAGGCUGCUUCUUACACUCUUACACUUUUUCAUAUUUUACAUCCUUUUUCUUUCUAUUUUUUAACAUGUAAACUAUAUAAUACAAUAUAAUAGUAUUACAUAUACAGACAUUAUAUUAACUGCAACAUUAGUCCAUUAGUUUUCCCCAAAAGCAUCAGUAAAUGAUGUCUGUUUUGUGCUUGAAUAUGGAAUAUUAUUAUCCAAAAAUGAACAUUUCAGCAAAUUCUAUAUUCCUAACCUAAAUUGUAUCCCUGAAAAUACACGUCAGAAGAAGCAUUGUAAUUAUGAAGUACUGUAUUCUACAUUGGCCACUAGGUGUCAGUAAUGUUCAGUGACGCAGGCAUUUACCUCCACUAAGUUUCCUUAGCAAAUACAUGUAAUGUGAUACUACUGUAGCAAGAGUAUUUACUCUUGUUUUGGGGUAAUAAAAGUGUAAAGCCAUUUAAAUCCACCAGUACUGUAGUGGCGGAAGUACGUUGCUCGGUGAAAAACCUGAUUUAGGUCUAUUUCAUCCAUUUAUAUCUACUAUCAUGGGUAAAAUAAGUGUAAAGGUGACUAGUAUAUGGCUCUAUUCUUAACAGGUUUUCUAUGUCAUAACUACGAAAAUAUUGCACUUAAUUUUCCAUCCAUUACGCAGGAAUUCUCUUAUCACCAGCAUGAACUUGAACUAAUCACCUCUGAAAAACUGACAGGCACACAUGUCCAUUUAGUGUUUGCUAUUAUUAGAUGCCGGGCGGUACGUGAACGCACCCCCCAUAAGUCCUGCUCACAUACACAUUCCUCACAUUGUCUGUACGCGCUUCUAUACUUUCACUAGCACAUGCUAGCCUAUAAACGCAAGAAAGUAUUUGUCAAAAGUAUGACAUCAUUUCCAC